UUCGCGUUUGGAUUUCGUUAGUCAUAAUUCGGAAUUGAGCGUAGAAUUUACUACUUUUGUGUUUUAUUCUGAUCAAGAAAAUUAUGGAAUGCAUAUUAGUGAAUAAAGUGAACCAUAGCAAAACUCUGUUAUAACUUGUUAACUAUAAAUAAUCAAAUUGUGGAGUGUAUAAAUUAAUGAGCAAAGAUACACAACCGAACUUAUUAUGGACAACUUGGAUGACUCCGAGAACAAUGCCAAGGUCUCGGAUUCUGCUUAUUCUAACAGCUGCAGCAACAGCCAGUCACGUCGAAGUCACAGCUCAAAGUCGACACACUCUGGGAGCCAUUCCAGUGGCAGCAGUGGAUACGGUGGAAAACAAUCCACGUCUGGUAGCAGUAAAACAUUAAGCAGUCAGCAACCAGAGAAGAGAACAAAAGAUAAAGAAGGAAAGAAAAAGAAGCAGCAAGGGCAAACAGAACUGGUCCAAAUCCCAGAUGAUGUGGAGUUCAGGCUGCCCGACCCCGCGCCCGUCACAGAGGUGGAAGAAGAGCUCGAAGAUGCUUCACCGCCGCCAGCAACAGAACAGGUACAAAAAGCAGUUCAGAGGAGCUCGGAGUCAAUCAAGGAAGAUAUUACUGAAAAACCUGAUGUCUGUAAUACGCUCCAGCCCGCCAUGCAUAUUCUCACGAGUAAACCUGUGUAUUCUGAGGGGUUCUCCUGCGUCAUAUCGAUGCACGACGGAGUGGUGCUGUAUAUGUCGUCAACGCUGACGGCCACGCUCGACUUCCCCAAGGACAUGUGGAUUGGGAGGUCCUUUAUAGACUUCGUGCAUCCUUUGGAUCACAACACGUUCGCGUCGCAAAUAACCGAUGGGCUCGCUGUUCCGAAGGAAGCCAAUGGUAUGCAAAACGCAGUUCAAUCGCCAGGCAACGCCGUGUCGACCAUGUUCUGUCGCAUCAGAAGGUACAGGUCGCUAGCGACUGGCUUCAGCGUCAAGGAUCGGAGUGUCACCUUCACACCCUUCCUGCUGAAGUUGUCCUUCAAGAAAGUGUAUGAAGAGAAGGGAUCCGUCAUUUACUUGGUCAUACAAGCUACGCAAUUGUCGUCGGUGUAUAACACUCCCAACGAGGUUAUUGAAGACGCAGUGCCAUUCGUGAUGCGUCACGUGGCGAACGGGAACGUGGAGUACAUCGACAACGAGGCGGUCCCGCUCCUCGGGUACCUGCCGCAGGACGUGACGGGACAGGACGUGCUCAAGCUGUACCACCCCGAGGACCUGCCGUACGUGCGCCACGUCUACGAGACGAUCGUCAAGCAGGGGAGGGCCCCGCGCUCCAAGCCUUACAGAAUGCUAGCCCAGAACGGGCACUACCUGAAGCUGGAAACGGAGUGGUCUUCCUUCAUAAACCCGUGGUCGCGUAAACUUGAGUUUGUUAUAGGAAAACAUUACGUUACUGAGGGUCCUGCAAAUCCAGAUGUUUUUGAAGCGCCACCAUCGCCCAUAAAGGUUUCCGAGGAUGAUAAUGUCGAAAUAGAAGGUCUUAAAGAUAGUAUUGUCAGGAUUCUAAAUGAGGUACCCACGAGACCGGCAGAGCUUGUCAAGCAACAGAUGACGAAACGCUGCCAGGAUCUAGCGUCUUUCAUGGAAAGCCUCAUCGAGAAUCAACCUAAGGUGGAGGACGAACUGCGCCUAGAAAUACAAGAGAAUGAUAACAGCUACUUUGAACGGGAUUCGGUAAUGUUAGGGGGAAUAUCGCCGCACCACGACUACAAUGACAGCAAGUCCAGCACGGGGACGCCUUUGAGUUACAACAAGUUGAAUUAUAACAUCAACUUGAAACGGUAUUUUGACAGCCAUCAGGAUGGUUUCGACGAAGACGGAGUAACAGUUACAGAAGGAACUUUAGUACCAAUUAAAGGACAGUACAGUGGGGAAUGUAUGUCGCCCAUGGCCCAGUACUCCGCGGACUCAGUGGACAUAACAUCGGUUGAGUCAGCGUGCCUCACCUACGAGGACAGCCCCGUGGCGCUGCCCCACGAGUACCAGCCCAUAAGACUCACCGAGUCCAUCUUGAACAAGCACAAUAACGAAAUGGAAAAGAAAUUUGUGAAGACACAUCGCGAAAGUCGACCAGCUAAUAAAGAGGAGCGGGAAAAGUUGAGCAACGAGAGCAAGCAAAAGAAAAGGGACCACCUCGUUCGGUGCAACGCGUCGUUUGUACCAACCACGGUGAAUUCGGUCGUGGCAGACCAGCCGCAUGGCCUGAAGCGCGCCUCGAAGCCCCAAGAGGCAGAAGCCAGCACGCACAAGCAGCACUGUGCCUCGUCGAGGCAGAUGCGCCGGCGGCAGCCGUCCAGCUCCGCGCCCGCACCGCCCUCCGCCUCCGUCGCCACCGUCUCUACAUCAGCGUCCAUGUGGCCCCAGAACUUCAUGAAUGGAAUGAACACGUUCAUGCCGCAGCAAAUGCCGCUAGUCAGUCCCAUCACCGCUGUGCCAGGUUUCAUGCCCAUGUACUAUCUACCAACGACCCCCUCUACGAUGCCGUGUACGUCGGCAAUGAGCGCGCAUGACCCUACCAAGACGAGUUCACAAAUGCAAUUCCAAGCGCCGGCUGUGCAAUACAUGAUGUACGGACAAGCUGUGUUCGGGUCUCCGAUCGUGAUGUCGCCGAUCAACCAUCAAGCGCCUUUUGCGGUGCAGCAAAACGUGAUACGGAACCAGUUUUCCAACCCACAGCACAACCUGACGCUAGCGACACGGAACUAUGAAGAGGCCUGUAAGCCCGGUCUGCCGCUGAAGCCGCUGGGCAAGUCUCAGCUGGCGGCGUGGCGCGAGGAGAAGCGCGCCGCCGCCACCGCGCCGUCGCCGCCAGCCUCGUCCCGCAGCAUCAACACCAGCAUCUGCUCCGCCACUAACGCGCUCAACAGGAGUAACGAAGCCGUCCCAGAGUCGUCAGCGUCGCGAGACAGCAAGAUGAAGAGCGAGGAAGCGGUCGACCGCACGGACGGAGAGUCCAACUACUCCUCCUUCUAUUCCUCCUUCUUCAAGACCGAGUCUGGUAGCGCGGAGGACAGCGGCGACGCCAAGAACAAACAGAACAAUGCCAACAGUUCUGGCGCAUCCACGGCCAUAGGAAAGGAUAGCCCACGCAAUAAACAGAUGCAGAGGAGAAAAAAGGAACUACCUUGGAUGGAACAAGUAUGCGUAACAUCGGAGUUGAUAUACAAGUAUCAGGUGUUAACGAAGAGUUUAGAUGAAGUUUUAAUAUCAGAUAAGAAGAAGUUGGUCACUCUCGAACAGCCGUCCUUGGUAGACGAGCAGCUGGGCCAGCUGUACAUGGACCUGCAGCUGGAGGGCGUGGCCGCGCGGCUCACGCUCGAGGAGGGCAUCACCAGCUCCGGCAGCUCCAGCGAGGAGGGCCACAGGCUGUCGCUCGACGCGCUCGCCAAGCGCGCCAGGAGAAAAAGGAAAUAUAAUAAACUAGUGAUGAUAUACGAAGAGGAUGCCCCGCUGCCAUCGCCGGAGGAAGAACCCGAGCCCGAGCCCUCCACGUCGGUGGCCUAGUCCUGUCGCAACACGCUCUACGCACUUACAAUCUACUACGAGGGUCUCACAUGAAAACGUAAAACAUCUCUAACGGCGUAACGGCCCGGCCACGACAUUGGUCUAAGCGCGACAGCGGUGAGCGGCAGGCAUACGUGCGAAUGAAAAGUCCAAUCGCUGUGUCUUGCUCCAAUGUAUGGCCGCCGCUCACCGUUGUCGCGCUUAGGCCAAUGUCGUGGCUGAGUCGUAAGGAUACGUACGUUCCGAGUUCACGAGCGCUGACGCCGACCGUCAUACCAGUGCACACUGUUUUAAACCGUGUAGUUCAACUUUGAACAAAAAAUAAGCCUGGGUCUCCGGUAAAAAGAAAUGACGACAUUUCUCUUAUAUUCAUUUUAGCUUUCGUUGCUAGUCCAGGAGAAUAGAUUGGUUGAAACAAAUGUAUGGCUUCGGCGUGAGCGUCGAGCGUGCGCGCUUAGAACGUGCGUUUCACUAUUCUUCGGUAAGAGAAUCCUUACGAUUUCAUUUGCAACGCCCCUGUGACAUUCUACGUAAUGAUAAACAAUUGUUUUAAUGUGGUGUAUGUUUUCAAAGUGAUGUAAAUACUGAUUUUUUAUUUGAGUGUAAGUAGAGCAAUGCUCCGGCGUUAUACACGCUUUUUAUGAUGUAAAAUUAGUUAAAUAUCUAUAGUUAGGUUUUAUGUUUUGGGUACCAACGUCUCUUUUCGAGGACUCAUGUGCAAUUUACUUGAUUUGUCGUUAUAAGAAAUGUUUUAUUUUAGUUCUCGUUAGUAUGAUAAUUAUUUUUUAAUUCUAGAGUUUAUUCUUUUGUUUGAGAUGAAAUAUUCGUGUUAAAAUGAGAGAGUAGUAUUCACAAUAUUCGAUUCAUAUCGACCUUGUGUAGGCGAGACUUCUCACAAAACGAAUUUAAAUGUUGUUAACUGCCUGUCGGGAGAUUUUAUAGAGAUCCUAUUUUUAUUUAAAUAUUAAUAUUAUUACCUACAUAUAUAAAUGUAUAUUCAAACUACGUACUAUAACACAAACAAUACUAAAUAUCUAUCAAUAGGGUCUAUAAGAUUAUUUUAUAACGAUACUGGAAAUACGUCUUUUACUUUAAUGUGUAAUACCCAAAAAAGAUGAGAUGGCUAACGUGCUCAAACCUAAAAAAAAACUACAUUAUGUACUGUAUGAUAGCACUCUUUAUUAUACUGUGGUCUUGGUUAAAAAUGUCAAGCGCCUUUUUUCUAUCGUAUCUUGACGCAAUACCUACUUCUAAAAAUAAAAAAAAGAACAACAAUAGUGUACAGUUUUAUAAUGUAUAUAGUUGUAGAACAUAAAACUAUUAAACCAGCAAUUCCCGUCAACUUUGUACAAUGCCACGUCAGCAAAUUUUAAUUGAUCCUAUUUUGUUACCAACAUUUAGUAAUAUAAUUCGACUUUCGUAAGAUAUAUAAAGGA